GUUAUUAAAACACAUGAAACCGGUUUAUCUAACAAAUUAAUUACGCUUGUCAUCUUUUAGGGUACUUUGUGCAAGAGUUCCUGUGUAUCGCUAUAUCACAAAAGCACAUCCAUGGGGGUUGAUCUACUACCAAUACAAAAGCCUAGAUGGGGAGAGCUUGAUGAAGAGGAUGACGAAAAAGAUUAUUACUCCACAUUGCUUCCCAAACAGGUGAUCGGACCUGACGAGCACGGUGUAAAGAAGGUGGUGGAGUAUAAGUUCAACAACGACGGUAACAAGGUUAAGAUAACCACCACAACACGUGUUCGUAAGGUCGCCACCUCUCGACUCAGUAAGAGCGCCGUGGAGAGGCGUUCAUGGUUGAAGUUCGGCGACGCUGUUCAUGAGGAUGUCGGCGCCCGGCUAACCAUGGUUUCUACAGAAGAAAUCAUCUUUGAGCGUCCUAAAGCUCCAGGUCAAGAAGACACGAAUGCAUCUGGGGAUCCAUUAACUCGCGGAGCUGUUCUGAUAGUAUGUAGGAGUUGUGGUAAGAAAGGUGAUCACUGGACCUCAAAGUGCCCCUACAAGGCUGAGAAUCUGAACCACCCUUCAGUUUCAUCAGUCACUGAUGAUAGUGAGAAAGGAGAUGUAUAUGUCCCACCCAUAAAGCGAGGUGGUGCUGACAUGAGGCGGAGGAAUGAUGAGAACUCAGUUCGAGUAAAUAACCUGUCGGAGGACACCCGAGAACCUGACUUGCACGAGCUUUUCCGGCCGUUUGGUAGCGUUUCACGUGUUUAUGUGGCAAUGGAUCAAAAGAGUCAGAUGAGUCGAGGUUUCGGGUUUGUUAAUUUCGUGAGGAGGGAAGAUGGUGAGAAAGCUAUUGCUAAACUUAAUGGGUAUGGUUAUGAUAAUCUUAUCUUGGCUGUUGAAUGGGCUGCGCCUAGGCCAAAAUAACCGCAAACUAGUCUUUUGUAUUGAUGAAGUGAUUUUCAGUGUUGAGCUGUUUAUGAACAACCUAAAAUGAGAUUAUGAAAUUUUUACUUAUCAAUAGAAAGAAAGAAAAUUAAAUAUUGUGAAA